AUGCCGCCCAAGAAGCACCAAUCAACACCAACCCCGGCGACGGCGGCGGCGGCCACUCCACCGGACAUCCCGCCGUGGCACCCGCUGCAGGUGACGGUCCCGGAGCCAUCGCCGUCGCCGUCGCCGCGGCGGUGCGUGGCGUACAUGGACCUGACGCGGGAGGAGUGCGGUCGCCUCUUCCCGUCGGGGCGGCUACGCUCGCAGCCGUUCCGCCUCGACGGGCGGCCCUUCUUCCUGUCGGCGCGCUGCAACAUGGACCAGCGUAACGCCUUCCACUGCUUCGGCCUCUUCCUAGCCAUGGACGACGACGACGACGAGGAUGAUGAGGAAGAUGAUGCAGGCUCGCCGGCGAGCGUCACCGUCGAGUACGAGUUCGCAGCGAGGACGAGCGCGUCGUCGUCAGGAGACGAGUUCGUCAGCAGGUACAAGGGGUACUACACCUUCGCCGGCGGCAAGGCGUGUGGUUACCGGGAUCUGCUUGGGACUCCAUGGACGUCGCUCAUGGCUGCUGCUGAUGAUGAUAGCAUCUUCUUCGUCGACGGGGUGCUGCGCUUGAGAGCUGAAUUAAGCGUAAAAGAAUUAGAAUUAAUAUAGAUGUAUGAUUGUGGCCGUGUUCGGCCACCCAGUUAGGUUAUCUAACUUUUUUUACCGUGCACACGUUU